AUGGAUGCCAAUUGGAGGCCCACUGCCUCAGGCGGAGAACCUGUCAUGGACACGGGUGAUUGGAGAACUCAAUUGCAGCCUGACUCACGCCAAAGAAUAGUCAACAAAAUCAUGGAGACAUUAAAGAGACAUCUUCCAUUUUCUGGUCAAGAGGGACUACAAGAACUCAAGAAAAUUGCCGUACGGUUUGAGGAAAAGAUCUAUGCUGCUGCAACGAGUCAGUCUGAUUAUCUACGAAAAAUAUCUCUGAAGAUGCUUACUAUGGAGACCAAGUCUCAACCCAAUUCUUUGCCAUCCAACUCCGCUGGCAAUGGUAACAAACCCCUGGAUCCAGGAGUAUCUCACGGCAUCCAGCCUCAAGUUCACAAUCAAGGGCAGUCACUCCCCAUCUCAUUGUCCGCUAAUCAGUCUCAAGCACGUCAGCAAUUGUUAUCACAGAACAUACAGAAUAAUAUGGCAUCUAAUGGAGUUCAAAGUUCUGCCGGUUUAGCAUCAGCAAUGCCUCCUGUCUCUAGUUUAACUCAGGCUAUACCUAACACAGUCGGCCAGAAUCCUAACAUGCAGAGUAUCUCUGGUGUUUCACAGAACCCAGUGGGGAAUUCAAUGGGACAAGGGGUGCCCUCCAAUAUGUUUGCCAAUUCUCAGAGACAAAUGUCAGGUAGGCAACAGGUUGUUCCUCCUCAGCAACAACAGCAGUCUCAAAAUCCUCAGCAGUUUCUUUAUCAGCAGCAGGUACAACAGCAUCUUUUUAAGCAGAAGCUUCAACAGGGAAAUCUCCAGCACUCACUUGUGCAAUCUCAGAUCCAGCAGCAGCAGCAGCAACAACAGCAGCAGCAAAACCUGUUGCAGUCAAAUCAGUUGCAAUCUUCUCAGCAAUCUGGUCUGCAAACAUCAUCUGUUAUGCAGCCUUCAAUGAUGCAAUCGGCUCCUAUAUCUGCUCUUCAACAGAAUCAACCAUCUUCCAUUCAACAGUCAACACAACCCAUGCUUCAGCAACAUCCACAAUCAGUCCUCAGGCAGCAGCAACAAUCGCAACAGGCUGCUGGUAUUCAUCAGCAGCAAACACCAAUGAUGCAGCAGCCACUAUUGUCUACACAGCAGCAGCUAAUGGGGCAACAUUCAAAUACCACUAACAUGCCGCAGAGUCAGUUAAUUGGACAACAAAACAUUGUUGGGGACUUGCAGCAGCAGCAGCAGCAGCAGAGGUUGCUAGGCCAGCAGAAUAACCUUCAAAAUCUACAGCAGCAGCAACAGCAGCAGCAGUUAAUGGCUCAACAAAAUAACCUCUCAAGCAUGCAUCAGCAACAGUUGGGCCCCCAAAGUAAUAUCUCUGGCUUACAGCAGCAGCAGUUGCUUGGAGCUCAGUCUGGUAACUCAACCAUGCAGCCUAACCAGCACUCUGUACAUAUGCUGCAACAGCCCAAGGUUACACUGCAGCAACAAGCACAACAAAAUGCAAGCACUUUGUUGCCAAAUCAAGGGCAGCAGUCACAGCAGCAAUUGAUGUCACAGAUCCAAUCGCAGCCAACGCAGCUGCAACAGCAGCUGGGUUUGCAACAGCAAUCGAAUCCAUCACAACGUGAUCUGCAGCAAAGGCUUCAAGCAUCGGGUUCCUUGCUUCAACAGCAGAAUGUGAUUGAUCAGCAAAAACAGUUAUAUCAAUCUCAAAGACCCCCUCCAGAGACGUCCUCAAUAAUGCCCUUGUUGGUAGCUUUAUGUGCUGCUGCUGCCACUGAUGGCAUUAGUAAUGUCACUGUUAUUGAAACCAUUGCUACAAUCACACACCAUAUUCCAUCCCUAGAUUCUAAAGCACAGACUGGACAUGCGAAUGGCGCUGAUUGGCAAGAGGAGAUCUACCAAAAGAUCAAAGUCAUGAAGGAGACGUAUUUCCCUGAAAUAAAUGAAAUGUACCAGAGAAUCGCUGCCAGGUUACAGCAGCACGACUCUCUUCCGCAACAACCAAAAUCAGAACAGCUUGACAAGUUAAAGAUAUUUAAGACCAUGUUGGAGCGCAUGAUAGCAUUCUUACAGGUUUCAAAAAACAACAUCAUGCCUAGUUACAAGGAGAAGUUGGGUUACUAUGAGAAGCAGAUUGUAAAUUUUCUAAACACAAGCAGACCCAGGAAGUCCAUUCCUAAUCUGCAGCAAGGACAACUUUCCCAGCCUCAUAUGCAACCUAUGCAGCAACCCCAAUCACAAGUUCCUCAAUUGCAGUCCCAUGAAAAUCAAGUGAACCCCCAGUUGCAAUCAAUGAAUUUGCAAGGUUCUGUACCAACGAUGCAGCAGAACAACAAUAUGUCAAGCUUGCAGCAUAAUUCUCUUUCAUCUAUAUCUGGGGUUUCUACGUCACAACCAAACAUGAUGAAUCCAAUGCAGCCAGGUUCCAAUUUAGAUUCUGGACAAGGAAAUGCACUGAGCUCAUUGCAGCAGACACCUGUAGGAUCUGUACAACAGAAUCCUGUGAGCAGUUCCCAACCGACCAAUGUGAACACAUUGUCAACACAAAGUGGGGUGAAUAUGCUGCAGCCAAAUAUUCCUCUUCAGUCGAAUUCCAAUAUGAUUCAGCACCAGCAUCUAAAACCGCAGCAGCAGCAUGAACAGCAGAUGCUACAAGCACAACAGCUUAAACAACAGUACCAACAGCGCCAAAUGCAGCUGCAGAAGCAACAGAUACUGCAGCAGCAGCAGCAGCAGCAAUUACACCAGCAAGCCAAGCAGCAGUUGCCUGCACAGAUGCAGACACACCAAAUUCCACAGCUGCAUCAGAUGAAUGAUGUAAGUGAGAUGAAGAUGAGACAAGGGAUUGGAAUCAAGCCAGCAGUCUUCCAACAACAUCUCUCUACAGGUCAACGCACAGCUUUCCCACAUCAGCAAAUGAAAUCAGGACCGUCAUUUCCUAUUUCUUCACCACAACUGCUCCAGCAUGCUUCCCCUCAAUUACAACAACAUUCAUCCCCUCAGAUUGACCAGCAAAAUCUACUGUCUUCUCUAACCAAAACUGGAACCCCUAUGCAAUCAGCAAACUCGCCUUUUGUUGUCCCAUCUCCUUCAACUCCUUUAGCUCCAUCCCCUAUGCCAGGAGAUUCUGAGAAACCCCUUUCUGGUAUUUCUUCACUCUCAAAUGCUGGAAAUAAUGUACACCAACCAAUUGUUGCACAGGCAUCAGCUCCAUCCCUUGCAAUUGGCACUCCUGGGAUAUCUGCUUCGCCUUUGCUCGCAGAGUUCACCAGUCCUGAUGGUGCUCAUGGCAGUGCUUUGACAGCUGUUUCUGGCAAGUCGAACGUUACAGAGCAACCACUUGAGCGCUUGAUUAAAGCGGUGAAAUCUCUGUCUCCUCAAUCACUUAGUGCAUCUGUCAGUGACAUAGGCUCUGUUGUCAGUAUGAUUGACAGAAUUGCUGGUUCGGCACCUGGUAAUGGUUCUAGAGCUGCAGUUGGUGAGGAUUUGGUAGCAAUGACAAAGUGUCGCCUUCAGGCAAGAAACUUUGUCACCCAAGAUGCGAUGGCUGGAUCAAAGAAAAUGAGGCGCCAUACAAGUGCCAUGCCCUUGAAUGUUGCAUCAUCAGCUGGCAGUGUAAGUGAUAGUUUUAAGCAGUUUACUGGCCCAGAGACAUCUGAUUUGGAGUCAACUGCAACAUCAACUGUCAAGAGGCCUAGAGUUGAGGCUAAUCAUGCCCUUUUGGAAGAGAUAAGGGAAAUAAACCAGCGACUUAUAGACACUGUGGUUGAUAUUAGUGAUGAAGAUGUUGAUUCAACUGCAGCAGCUGCUGCUGCUGAUGGGGGUGAAGGAACCAUUGUCAAAUGCUCAUUUAUUGCCGUGGCUCUUAGUCCAUACUUGAAAUCACAGUACACUUCAGCGCAAAUGUCACCAAUUCAACCCCUUAGAUUGCUUUUGCCUACGAAUUAUCCAAAUUGCUCACCAGUACUGUUGGACAGGUUUCCAGUUGAAGCCAGGUAA